AUGCUGCUUGUGGCAGGGACUUCUCCCGAGGAAGUCGAGGAGCUGCUUGAUACCGUGGACGAGGUGCUUGAAGUGGCGGAGGGCUCAGUCGAAGUACUAGAUGAGCUACUCAAGCUCGUGCUGGAUACGUCGCUUGUGGUAGAUGAUGAUGUGCUCGAACUACUGGACGAGCUGCUAGAUGAGCUGCUUGAGCUAGCAGACGAACUACUAGGUGUUCUGGAGGAACUGGAUACAAUCGGUGUGCUUGACGAGCUACUAGACUCAGUCGACGAUGCUGAAGAGCUAGAGCUGGAUGAAGUUGGCGUGGUAGACGAGCUAGACGAGCUACUACUGUCGGUCGAGGACACUGAAGAGCUUCCUGUGCUAGACAAGCUACUAGAAGUUGUGGAUGAGGAGAUGAAGGAACUGGUCUCAGGUGGCGUGGUAGACGAGCUACUUGACUCAGUCGACGACACCGAAGAACUUCCCGUGCUGGAUGACGAUGUCGCCGAGCUUGAAGAAAUAUCCGUGCUCGAGGAUGACGAGAAGGUAGAGCUAGUGCUGCUGGAAACACUACUGGACACCGUAGACGAAGUAACCAUGCUCGAAGAACUCAUCGAAGACGACGGUGUAAUGGUUGGACAGGACGUCCCAGUGAUCGUGACGCUUGUAUACGUUGUAGUCUCAAUAUCGGUCACAGUCUACGACACUCGAUCAGCCAAUGUUCAUCAUACACCGGCAUGA